CGGGCCGCGCCCCCGAGCAUGGCCGAGGCCCCGUGGCCGGCCGGCGCCAACGCCUCGGACGCCGCCUGGCCGGGCGCGCCCUGGACCAACGGCUCCGCGGGCGCCGGCGCCGCGGCCGCGCCGUUCCGCUGCGCGCUCACCAAGACCGGCUUCCAGUUCUACUACCUGCCGGCCGUGUACAUCCUGGUCUUCGUCGUGGGCUUCCUGGGCAACAGCGUGGCCAUCUGGAUGUUCGCCUGCCACAUGAAGCCCUGGAGCGGCAUCUCCGUGUACAUGUUCAACCUGGCGCUCGCCGACUUCCUCUACGUGCUCACGCUGCCCGCGCUCAUCUUCUACUACUUCAACAAGACCGACUGGAUCUUCGGCGACGCCAUGUGCCGCCUGCAGCGCUUCAUCUUCCACCUGAACCUCUACGGCAGCAUCCUCUUCCUCACCUGCAUCAGCGCGCACCGCUACAACGGCGUGGUGCGCCCGCUGCAGUCCCUGGGCCGCCUGCAGAAGAAGAGCGCCGUGUACGUGAGCCUGCUGGUCUGGGCCGCCGUGGCCCUCGCCUUCGCGCCCAUCCUCUUCUACUCGGGCACCGGCGUGCGCAAGAACCGCACGGUCACCUGCUAUGACACCACGGCCGACGACCACCUGCGGAGCUACUUCGUCUACAGCCUCUGCACCACCGUGGCGCUCUUCUGCGUGCCCCUCGUGCUCAUCCUGGUCUGCUACGGCCUCAUCGUGCGCGCGCUCGUCAGCAAGGACCUGGACAACUCGCCGCUGCGCCGCAAGUCCAUCUACCUGGUCAUCAUCGUGCUGGCCGUCUUCGCGGUGUCCUACAUCCCCUUCCACGUCAUGAAGACCAUGAACCUGCGCGCGCGCCUGGCCUUCCAGACGCCAGAGAUGUGCGCCUUCAACGACCGGGUCUACGCCACCUACCAGGUGACCCGGGGGCUGGCCAGCCUCAACAGCUGCGUAGACCCCAUUCUCUACUUCCUGGCUGGGGACACCUUCCGCCGCAGGCUCUCCCGGGCCACCAGGAAGGCUUCCCGGAAGAGCGAGGCCAACCUGCAGUCCAAGAGCGAGGACAUGACCCUCAACAUCCUGUCCGAGUUUAAGCAGAAUGGGGACACGAGCUUGUGAAGGCCCCGGGGCCGCGUGUACUCUGGCUCGGUCACGGUCUCAGCGCUGCCCCUGCGGGACACCACAGCCCAGCUGGAUUCUCCCCUGGUGUCAGCCCUGGAGCAGCCCACUGCCCUUGUCCACACCUAUGUGCUGCAGGCCAGCAGCUGUGGUCCCCGAGUCGACGGGGAUGAGGAGGCAGGGUGGGCUGGGCUCCGGAGCACAUGGCCGUGUGGACGCGUGGGUCACCAGCAGUGCGGUCAGUGGGACAGGGCAGCUCAGACCCACGACUGGGGCCUUGGGACGAGCAGGCCUGUCCCUGCACCCGAAUCAUCAGAAGAACAAACAAGUGAGCGGGUCCGGGGCACUUGGCAAGCCCAGCAGCAGGGGAAGGCAGAGCCUCCUCUGGCCCCUUGGGCAGGGGUCCCGCACUGUGCACCUCUGAGCUGUCCUGCCUGUGGCUGGCCAGCGGCCGGCACUAGCGCAGAGGCCUGACCUCGCUGAGGACCUCGGUUUUCCCUGUUUGUCAGGACACUGCCCGCCUCGGGCAGCAAGACUCGUGGCAGCUGGACUGGGGUCAGCGCAAGAGGCCUGGCAAGGGCUGGCCUUCCCGGCCAGGCUGGAACUAGCACGGCGUGUUCACAGAGAAGCCGCAGCCCUCGCUGUCCAGCCUGAAAAAUCCUGGAGGACGGCUCGCCCCCUGUGAAUUAUAUUUAUUGUCACGUGUGAUGCUGCCGUGUGCGCUGGCGUCAUCUUACGGGACAGGUGACGCUGCAGAGUGACCGGCUGCUUCUCCUCUCUGUCCUCACCACACUCCCGGCCAGAACCUUUCCGUGUGAACUGAGAACUCGUGUCUGGGAGCCCAGCGGCGUCCCCGGAAACGCCUGGCGUGCUUCCAGUGGGGCCCUCUCAUCUCAACUCCGGGGGGCCCAUGCUCACCACCAGCUGACCCCCCUCCAGAGCCUGGGUGUAUCACGGACAGUCUGUCAGAGCCCUGUGGAGCCUGGGCUGCCCUGUCCAGGACCAGAGCCUCCACGCCCGGCUAUGCCGGCCCUGCCUCGCGGGAGGA